CUUGUGACUUGUUGAGUUAUGAGUUGUGAUUUGUGAAGUUGUUACGAGGACGUCUCUCUCUGUCGAGUCGCGUCUCUAAUGACUAAUCUCUACAGGGGCAGGCUCAGCCUCUCAGGCACAAGUGUCAACUGUCAAGUGUGAAGCAGAACCACCAGUAUUUACAUAUAUAGAUGCACUAUGUUAAUACGAAAAUGACAUUAAAAUACACGUGUCGACACAAUACUGCAAUCGACGCUCAAACACCAUGUCGAGUCUUGUUGUAUCUGAUAGUACGAGAAAAGCCCUGACUUUACUAGCCCUAGUACCUGUGGCUGUACUAGUGUCACGCACAUCCAUCGCUCGACAUGUUUGUGCCCUUGUACUGAACAAUUUGACUUCGAAAUCCCCUAAGUCGCGUACGUUUGCUGCAAUUGAUGCCGCCAACGCAUGCGAUCCUCGGGAAGACGAGGGAGAGCCCAAGGAGUUGUUAUACGGCAAGCGUAUGAGUGAAAUGCAAGGAACAUUCAAGCCAGACGCAAAUGACCUCGUACAGAUUGCAUGCCGUGCACAACACAUCGAACGGUGGACAUCGCCUCGAACAACGUACCCAGCGGGUAAGCUAGGGUAUCUGAAGUGGCGCAGUGACCUGUACGUGUACCACGGCACACGCGCAGCCGAGAUCAUGUACGUGUGCGGGUAUGCACAAAGCGAUUGUGCUCGUGUGCAAUAUCUUCUCUCCAAGAAGGGGAUCAAAGCGGCGGAUGCCUCGGAUCGGGAUGUUGAUGCCCAGAUAGUCGAGGAUGUGGCCUGUUUGGUGUUUCUCAAGUACUACUGGAAACCCUUCAUGAAAAGCGAAGUGCUGAGUGACGAUAAACUUGUGGCGGUAUUGCAGCGCACGUGGUCGAAAAUGAGUGAUGACGCACACGCUGCAGCCCUGGAUCUGGGGCUAAACGAUGAUGAGAUGAGACUUAUCAAGAUCGCAUUGAGUUAGAUUAUAUACAGGUAUUCAUCUACCUUUGAGUACAUACGUAUAUCCGAUAGUGUUUUAAAAGUCACAAAUGGUAUCCCGGGUUGGGUGUUGGACUGGAUUCAAGCAUACAAAGCUUUCGGGGCAUGAGGAUAUUAUGUGGCCAUCAAGCGCUGCUGUAAAGCCCUAGCUGGAAAUCCUCUAGCAAUUAGGUGUAGCAUUGCAAUACUUACUCAAAUAUGUAUAUCCGAGAAACAGGAUUGCGAAGUGCUGGAGCAAUAGUGUUCUAUGUACAGCCGGCUGAGAUCAAAUACCUAAAGCAGUUUUUGUAUUGUAUGGACGGUAACUUGAACAAUAGUGUUUUAAGACUUUAUCUAUAGUUGCGUUCCAUAGAUUGGACCGACUGGAGCAUCGUUUCAGCUUCAUAGCCAGGGGAUAUAUAUAUGGAGACAAAAGGAUGAGUCCAGGAGUGUUGCUGAGAAACCCCCACUCUUUGUUCGAAAAACCACGUGAGUUCGUUUUGGAGAAUGUCGAGAUUGGACUCCAGAUGCUAGUCGUCAAUAUCAAGAUUGAAAAUGCAGAAGCAAGGGGUGAGCGCAUUGUCGGUAUACGUAGCGGAUCACAGAAUACGCAAUAAACAUUAACAUUGAUAUCCAAAUUCGGUUAAGGUACUCACAUACCGCAACUUUAUACCAUCUUGAAUUUAUUAGUCUAAAUAUCAAAAUAAUUAUUCAAAACUGCGGACAAUUCGAGGAAAACAUUCCAGAGCUAGGCUGCUGAUCGUGGUGACGGGUGUAUGCAGAUGUAGGGGCUGUGGCGACAAAUGCAGCAAAUGUGCUCGUGGGUGACGUCCGAAUUUCGGGGAGUUUGCUGGCUGUUUGCCCUUCAUCUGCGCAGAUGUGCACAGCAUAAGUUUGUUAGUGAAAGGUAUGUGAAGAGUUCGAAGGAGGUGUACGUACAGAGACAGACUUUAAAAACGUUCAAUACCUGCUUGAAAUGAUACGUCUGUGGACAAUGCAUGUGGAGCAAGUGCUGCGGCAAAAUGUAAAACAAGAUGAGGGGUAAAAUAUACACCUUGGUCGGUGAUAAGAGUAUUAAUUUGUCAUGGUAUUCAACCAACGGUUCUGAAAGUGCACUAGAAGUCAAUAUGCAGAUGCCGUGUUAAAAAUACAUCAUGGAAACGCCAAGACGAGCGCAUGCCACCAGCGCAUGCCACCAGUUGACAUAUCGCUGUGCAUGCAUGCACUGAAGCCGAGAUGCGCUGAUAAACAAGUCUCUACACAAUGUCUUAGGGCGUGGGUAGUCUAUCGCACAAUAACGGCAUCGAAGAUGGGGUCACAAAGAAAGUAAAUUGAAAACUGAUAACGCG